CUCAUGCCCUAAAGUGGCCGUCCUUGUCCUCUCUUAUUGAUGCAUCCUAAAACCAAAUGGCUGUCCUUAAAUAGGAGAGGACAGAUAUAGAGCAGCAGUCGAUUCCUUCCAUUAUUUGCUCGAUCUGAAGAGGAUCGAUCAAGUUAUCGGCUGCUGCGAGCUAAGUGGGGAAGGGAGAGAUGGGCAGAGGGAAGAUCGUGAUCCGAAAGAUUGAGAACUCGGCCAGCCGGCAGGUGACCUUCUCCAAGCGGCGCAAGGGUCUGUUGAAGAAGGCCAAGGAGCUCGCCAUCCUUUGCGAUGCCGAGGUCGGCUUUAUCAUCUUCUCCAGCACUGGCAGGCUCUAUGAUUUUGCCAGCUCCAGUAUGAAAUCAAUAAUUGACCGCUACAGCAGGACAAAGGAGGAGAAUCAUCAGGUGCUAAAUGCAACUUCAGAAGUUAUGGCCUUCUCUACAAGCAGAUGUCUACAUUUCACUCGUUUGAUUGAAGAGAGCCUUUGUAGCGGCUGGGUGUUCCAUCAGCCGCUCCUUAUCUGCCCCUCUCAACUCAACCAUCAAUCCAGUUCCAUCAUUUCGUUGUGGCAAAGGGAGGCAGAAAGCUUAAGGGAGCAGCUGCAUAACUUACAAGAAAAUCAUCGGAAAUUGAUGGGUGAACAGUUGUCUGGCUUAAGUGUCAAAGAUCUACAAAAUCUAGAAAUCCAACUUGAAAUGAGUCUACGCAGUGUCAGAAAGAAGAAGGAACAAAUUCUAACCGAUCAAAUUCAAGAAUUGAACCGAAAGGGGUACCUUAUUCACAAUGAAAACAUUGAACUCUACAGGAAGGUAAACCUCAUACGUCAAGAAAACAUGGAGUUACGUAAGAAGGUACUAAGUUUGAGACAGAGAUAUCUAUUUUGCUCUUUGAUCCAAACUCCUGAAUGGAGCAUUCAUGAAGCUUGUCUUCAUGUUUCUGCGGCCACAUGCAUUGCACAUUUCAUGCUCUAUGUAAAAUAUGUAUGGAUUUCAUCUAAAACUAGAUUAAAUCAAUCCCAAGGUUUUAAGUGCUGCUAAUGCUGGUUUGGCCACCAUAUUGGGCCAAUAUUAACUAUAGCAUUGGGUCAAAUCAGGACUCAUCAGAUCUUUUUUUGACAUUUUUUUGUUUCGACAAAGUCAAAAAAAAAUUUGAUUUUUAAGUCCUUUAAUAUUUUUUGGUUGAAGCAUACAAGUGCAUUAGCACAGCAUAGCACGUAUAGUGCUUGUCACUAGUUACUAUGCCCAAUGCCAACAAUAUUUAAAACCAAGAUUCGCUGUCUCGGUACCAAAAUCCGUACCAAUGCCAUACUAGCAUUGUGUCAGUACGGUACGGGGUUCUCUUUUGGCAUACCAAGUGUCAAUACACCAUCCGUACUGGGUACCAGUACUAAACUGGCACGGUAUACUCCAUACUGCCCAGUUCGGGCCGAUAUGGCGAACAAUAUUUAAAACCUUGUUCAGUCCUUGAAAACAUAACAGUUGUUUUUAUAACAUGCUAAGCGUGGAAUUAGCAUUGCAGAUAUACGCAACAAAUGAGUUAAAUGGAGGAACUAGUAAGGAUACAAGUAAUCCAUAUGGUUUGUCUGUGAUUGAGAAUUCACAUGUAGAUGUACCUAUUCAUCUUGAGCUAUGUCAACCUCAACAGCAAACAGAUGGACCACG